GCACCUUAUUUACCGGCCCACCCAUCUCCAUUGCACCUGCUAUACCGGCCCACCCGUCUCCAUUGCACCUGCUAUACCGGCCCACUCAUCUCAAUUGCACCCUAUUCUCUGGCCCCCUCGUCUUCAUUGCACCUUAUGUACCGGCCCACUCAUCUCCAUUGCACCUCAUUUACCGGCCCACUCAUCUCCAUCACACCCCAGUUCCCCGGCCCACUCGUCUAUAUUGCACUCCAUUCCUCCGGCCCACUCAUCUAUCACACACUGGAUUCACUACUACUAUUCAUAAUUUCCUAUAUAGUACAUUGCUAUACUACCAUCUAUACUAUAUACACCCGGCCCAUCCGUUUGCCUUGGACACUCCACCCCCUCGGCCCACUUGUCUAACACGGUACAAUUAUUGCCAUGGGCCGGCACCGGGUGGCCCGUCUCUAUUGGGGCUCUGGAGACUGGGCAUGGCAGCAGGCUGAUGACAUAUCAAAUGAUUGCAAUAUGCAUGGAUCGAUGUUCAUUCUGAUCAUUCUCGGUAGCAACAAGACUACUGUCUCUGUCGGUACAGGCAACAAUGAGUACUAUCCGUUGUAUGCAUCAAUUGGUAAUGUACAUAACAAUGUGCGGCAUGCACACUGCGAUGCUCUCGUCGUCAUUGGUUUCCUCUCUAUACCCAAAACUAAUAGGAAAUAUACUCAUGACGACACAUUUCAUACAUUUCGUCGCCAGUUGUUCCACCGCUCGCUCUCCCUAAUUCUCGCCAGUCUCAAGCCUGUGAUGACCGAUUACGAGGUCACUACGAGGAGCAACUGGUGCUGUCCUGCACUGUUAAAAAUUGGUGCCCAAAAUGUCUCGCAAUUUGAACAAACCUUGACAGCAGCGAAUGUGCAUUCAGAUACAUUAUGGCAUGAGUAUGGUAUCAUAAGUGUUGUCGUCCCAUUCACAAACGACUUCCCCCGGGCCGAUAUUUAUCAAUUGCUGUCCUUUGAUCUCCUCCACCAACUGAUCAAAGGCGCUUUCAAGGACCAUCUCGUGGACUGGGUAGUAAAGUACCUUAGAAUCACACACGGGACCAAACGAGGAGACGAGAUCAUGAGCGACGUAGAUCGCAGAAUUGCUGCUGUAGCAUUGUUCGCUUGCCUCCGGCGAUUCCCUGAAGGCCGCGACUUCAAACAGUGGACGGGUGACGAUUCAAAAUCACUCAUGAAGGUAUUCCUUCCGGCUAUCGAAGGCCACGUACCUCGAGAUAUGGUGCGUGCGUUUCGCACACUAUUAGAAUUUUGCUAUCUUGUUCGGCGCAACAUCGUUACCGAAGGUACCAUGCUUCAAAUUCAAGAUGCAUUGGUUCAGUUUCACCGCUAUCGCCAGAUAUUUGAAACCAUGGGCACAGUCUCUCACUUCUCGCUCCCUCGCCAGCACUCAAUGUGCCAUUAUGCAGACAUGAUCCGACUCUUUGGUGCCCCGAACGGAUUAUGUUCGUCAAUCACGGAAUCCAAGCAUAUCAAAGCUGUGAAGAAUCCCUGGCGGUGGUCCAGCAAGAACAACACCCUCGGUCAAAUGCUUUUGACCAACCAACGCCUUGACAAGCUCGCAGCGUCUCGGCACGAAGAUCAACCACCGGCGCUGGCAGGUGCUCCUCCUGUUGUACUGCCAACAGAAGACGGCAUUGAUGAUGGUGAAGCUGUUGAUGGUCCGACUGUACUUGCUUUUGUGCAGCUCGCAAAGACCCCCCAACGUAAACGGGCACGGACGGUAGCAGAAUUAGCAGUGGAGGUUGACGUUCCACACCUCCGACGCCUCAUCCGAUACUUCCUUUUCUCCCAACUCUUCCCUAAUGAUCCCCGAGACCCCGAAGAUGGCAAACUCUACGUCUUCAAUUCUGCUGCUGCGACGUUCUAUGCCCCCAGUGAUCCGAGCGGCAUUGGUGGCAUGCGAUGUGAACAGAUUCGUGCGUGUCCACUCUGGCGGAAUGUCUACGCCCGUAACGAUUGCAUGUUCAUCAACACCAAUCCGGGCACUGAAGGGAUGCAAGGACUUGAAGUUGCAAGAAUCAAGUCCUUCUUUUCAUUCAAACAUGACUGGGAAUUAUAUCCCUGCGCUCUCGUUCAUUGGUUUGACAAGGUCGGCGACUGUGCUGACGAGGACACUGGCAUGUGGAUAGUGCAUCCCAGUGUUCAUGACGACGACUCCCCAAACCUCGCCGUGAUUCAUAUUGAUACAGUCUACCGUGCAGCACAUCUAAUCCCUGUCUACGGUUCCGAUUUCAUUCCCGAUUCCCUCAAGUAUUAUCACUCCUAUGAUGCUUUCCGCUCGUUCUACGUCAACAAAUACGCCGAUCACCAUGCCUUUGAGAUAGCAUCAUGA